AUGAUACUUGCACUGACACACUGGUUUGCUAUUGUCAAUCUGGAUUGGAUGACAUCGCUUGUUGCCACUGAGCUUGAAACCAUAGUCUAUGAUUGGUUUGGAAAAAUUGUCAACCUUCCUGAUUCUUUUCUGUCAUCUUCUGGUGGUGGUGGGGUUAUUCAAGGAUCAGAAAGUGAGGCAGUCUUGGUAUCAUUAUUAGCUGCAAGGAACAAGACUCUAAAGAAAUUUGGUGUAGAUUCAGUUGACAAGCUUGUAGUUUAUAUUGCUGGAACAUGUGAAAAUAAUGUUAGAGUGAUAGCAACAAGUUGCUCCACAAACUAUGGGCUUUCAACAAAAAAUGUUCGUGCUUGCUUAUUAAAAGAUAUUAGUGUUGGUUUACAUCCAACAUUUUUAUGUGCUAGGGAUUCAAAAGCUUUGGUUGAAGCAUUGUCCAUGAAACUAGAAUAUUUUAAAAACAAGGGUUCAGGGGAAGGUUUGAAUAAGGGGGCUGAUACGAGGUAG